CGUGGGUAGUGGAAUGUGCAGGUGGGCCCUACAGGAGAAUGUCAUUUGUCUUAUUUAGAGGCUUGUCCUAUAAAUAGUAGCAGGGAGGGAUCAGGGUAGGUCAGAAUUUUAUUAUGAUUAUCAUGGUGAGAAAAACCAUUUGCGGCUGAGGAAGGCUACCCUAGUCUUUAAAGAAGGGGGGUGGUAAUUAUAGUGUUAUAGAAGUGAGGAAUCUCACAAUUGGUAUCAGAGCCACGACAAGCUGGGAGUGAUUACACGACUAAUGGCGCAGCGACAAGUGGAAGAAAGGCUGGAAGGAACAGAAAAAGAAGUACUGGGCCUUAAGGAGAUGAUGCGCGAAAUGAAAAAAACCAUGGAAAGGCUGGCGGAAGAGAUGAGAGAGAGCCAAUAUUAUAAGAAAAAGGAGGAGUCAGGCACCUUCGAUGGAUUCGUCAUGAAGCUAAAAGGCAAAAUGGAAGAGUUGGAUGUCACGGCUGAGGUGAACACAAACACAGUAGAUCGGAGCAAGUACAAGAAGUUGGAGAUGCCAAUGUUCUUGGGAGAAAAUCCAGAGUCCUGGGUAUAUCGUGUAGAGCAUUUUUUUGAAAUUAACAACCUCUCGGAAGCUGAGAAAGUGAAGGUGGCUGUGGUGAGUUUUGGACAAGAUGAAGUAGAUUGGUAUAGAUGGAGUCACAACCCUAAGAAAGUAGAAUCAUGGGAGGAUUUAAAAACCCGAAUGUUUGAGUUCUUUAGGGAUACCGGACAGAAGAGUUUGGGGGCCAGGCUUAUAUGGAUUCAACAAGAUGGAUCGUACAAUGAGUAUGUCAAAAAUUUUGUGAACUACUCAGCACCCCUCCCUUACAUGGCAGAGAGUGUACUUCGUGAUGCCUUCUUGACAGGAUUAGAACCGACAUUGCAAGCAGAAGUGGUUAGUCGACAUCCUCAGACGUUAGAAGAGUGCAUGAUGGAAGCACUACUGGUUAACGACUGCAAUUUGGCUCUCAAAUUGUCACGAGCGGAGUUGGGGAUUCAUAAGUACAAAGGAGGGGAACCAGCUAACACUAAGGCCCCAGUGAGCAACGAAAAAGGGAACCCGAGGAAGAAUGAGUUCCAGAUGAAACAGAUUACCAUACCUCUAAAAGGAAGUUAUCAAAAAGGGGAUCCACCAGUUAAAAGGCUUUCUGAUGCGGAGUUUAGAUCAAGGCUGGAACGGGGACUCUGUUUUAGGUGUAAUGAGAAAUACUCUCAUGGGCACCAUUGUAAGAUAAAAGAAAAAAGGGAGCUCAUGCUCUUUAUACUGAACGAAGAAGAAAGUGCAGAUGAGGGGGAAAACUCAGAAACACAAAGGGAAAAGAUAAUGGAACUCAAACAAUUAGACACCUUAGAAGAAGCUGUGAUCGAAUAUCGAACCAUUACUAGUUUGACCACCAAAGGAACUAUGAAACUGCAGGGAGAAGUAAAGGGAAAAGCGAUAAUUGUGUUGAUCGACAGUGGGGCAACCCACAACUUCAUUCACUAUGAGUUGGUCAAGGAGAAAAGGAUACCAAUGGAAAGCGACACUCAAUUUCGAGUUACCAUUGGAGAUGGCACGAGUUGUAAGGGAAAAGGUAUUUGCAGAAGAGUCGAGAUCAAGCUGGAGGGACUGACGGUAGUAGCUGAUUUCCUAGCCGUGGAGUUGGGAAAAGUGGAUGUAGUUUUGGGAAUGCAAUGGCUAGAUACAACGAGUACCAUGAAGGUACAUUAGCCUUCAUUAACAAUGGUGUUUUGGAUUGGAGAAAACAAGGUGGUUCUCAAGGGAGAUCCCUCCCUCGUUAGAGCUGAAUGCUCAUUGAAGAGAAUAGAGAAAACAUGGGAAACAGAGGACCAGGGAUUUUUAAUUGAAUGGCAGAAUUAUGAGACAGAAAAUGAUUUGCCGAUGACAGAUUCCUAUUAAACCAGUACACCGACUUGUUUGACACACCAAAAACCUUACCACCCAAGAGACCUAUAGACCAUCGUAUCCUCACAUUACCGGAACAAACGCCUAUCAAUGUAUGACCAUAUAAGUACGGCCAUGCUCAAAAGGAAGAAAUAGAGAAACUUGUUGAUGAAAUGCUCCAGGCAGGGAUAAUCAGACCCAACCAUAGUCCUUUCUCAAGUCCCGUGCUGCUGGUAAAGAAAAAAGAUGGUGGAUGGAGGUUUUGUGUGGAUUACCGAAAAUUAAACAAAAUCACAAUAGCUGAUAAAUUCCCCAUACCCGUGAUUGAAGAAUUGCUAGACUAACUACAUGGGGCCACUGUUUUUUCAAAACUGGAUCUAAAAUCUGGUUAUCAUCAGAUUA